AUGGCUAAGAGCCGAGUAGCUCCUAUUAAGCCUACCACAAUACCUAGGUUGGAACUGUGCGGUGCGUUGAUGGGAGCGCGGCUAUAUGAUAAGGUCAUCACGUCGCUUAGAUCGGGAAUAGAUCAAGCUUACUGCUGGACAGAUUCCACCAUAGUUUUAGGUUGGUUACGUAUGCUGCCUUCUAGACUUCAGCCUUUUGUACGUAAUCGUGUUGCUGAAGUCUUAGAAAGGACAGAAAAUUGUACAUGGCGACACGUACCAACUGAUGAAAACUCAGCAGAUCUAAUAUCUCGUGGUGUGGAUAUUAGUAAUCUGCAAGGUUUAAACUUAUGGUGGUCUGGUCCGCAAUUUCUCAUGAAUGACUUGUCGAAGUGGCCUACGCAACUGAAGUGUGUUGAAGUUCUCCCAGAAAUUAAACCAGACAUAUCUCUAAAUGCUAUUGUUAUUAACAAUAACAAUUCCCGCGAAAGUGCAGCCUGUGAUGGCAUUGACUUCCAUUUUAUUCCGGCGUAUGCUCCUCAUUACGGAGGUUUAUGGGAAGCGGGUGUAAAGUCGACAAAAUACCACUUACAGAGAGUGUUGGGUAAUUGUACAUUAACCUAUGAAGAGCUUAACACCACUCUCAUACAAAUUGAAGCAGUGCUGAACUCUCGACCCCUGACACCACUUUCUUCGGAUCCUGCGGACUAUAAUCCAUUAACCCCAGGCCAUUUUUUAAUUGGGCGGUCUCUGACUUUUUUGCCAGACCGAGAUUAUCAAAGACAUUCCACAAAUAAUUUAACAAGGUUCCAACGCAUUGAGCAAUUACGACAACAUUUUUGGGCUAGAUGGAGCAAAGAGUACAUUGCAGAAUUGCAACAACGUGUUAAGUGGCGUACUUGCAAGGAUAAUUUAAAAUUGAAUACGUUGGUAGUAAUUAAGGAGGAUAAUCUUCCGCCAUUAAAGUGGAAAUUGGGAAGAGUUGUGGGAGUUCAUCCUGGUCUUGACGGCAUAGUACGGGUUGCUGAUAUCCGGACAUCCACUGGAGUUAUUCGGCGAGCCUUUAGCAAAAUCUGCCCAUUACCAGUAUCAUCGGAGUCUGAUUGA